AUGAUGUACCCUUUCGCUAUAUUUGCUCUCACUUGUCUUCAUUCAGUAUUAUCAUUGAACUGUUUUAAUUGUGAAAGUGAUUUCCAAGGAGCAUUGCGUUGUCAGCAACCCUGCGAAGCCGAUCAAUGUGUCGUCUGGAAAUGGAAAUCAAGAUCUGAAUUGUCUAUAAAACAAGGGUGUUUGAAAGGUGUCGAUGAGAAGUGGACAUCGAAAAUUGGAUGCCGCACAAAUCAUUUGGGAGCAUCGUUGUGUAUUUGCGACGAUGGCCAUCUUUGCAAUCGAGUGGAAAGAGCUGAAAAUGCGGCGAGACCCCUUCCACAAGUCAGACUACCCGCUGUAGAAUGCCACAGUAAAAUUUCAAGCAGCGGAUUUCUUGGAGCUCGCAGGGAUCGAGUAUGUGCUUCCAACUAUUGCCAUAUUGUAAAAACCGAGACGUUCAUUGAAAAUCAGCGACCAGAUUUUUUGAACGUCUCGAAUUGCGGCGAUAUUCCGGAAUUCGAUUUCGACGUUCGACUGAAAAGCUCGACAGGAUUCCCCGGAUUGUACGCGAAUGGCUGCUAUCGUGUUCAAGUGGAACGCAAAAAAUCAAUGAUUGAUUGUGUUUGCUCAAAAAACAAAUGCAAUAAUAUGGUCCCUAAUAUCGAGCCAGGCCUCAUUCGCUGCUACAUGGGCACCAAUUUUCUAAACACAAGCCAAAUCAACUCGAAAGAAUUCUGCGAUGGCGAUUUUUGCUUAAUUCAAAAUUUCCAUGGAAGGGUCUCGAAGGGAUGCAUAUCGGUUAAUGAGAGGAAUAGCUGGAGCCAUUUAAAGAAUGGUCAUCGGAUAAUCCUCGGCGUUGAGCAAUGGCUAUGUCAAGCUCAUUUGUGCAAUUAUGACCGAAUAAUUCAAGAAAUUCGUGUAUUUUUGUCACAGUUUUCAUUUUAA